CAACACACAACACACUAAGUAAGUGUCCAGCGCUCCUCGCUUUCGUUUGGGUUGAGAGAUGGUGAUUCUCGCCGACAGAGUCCUGCUCCGGGAGGUCGCCGCGGCGGCUCUCCUCUUCUUCGUCACCCGGUUCUUCAUCCGGUCCCUCCUGCUCCGAUUAGACUCCUGCAAGCUCCCGCCGGGGCCGAAAGGGUGGCCGGUCAUCGGCGCCCUCCCUCUCCUGGGGAACAUGCCCCACGUCGCCCUGGCGAAGAUGGCCAAGCAGUACGGGCCGGUGAUGUACCUGAAGAUGGGCACGUGCGACAUGGUCGUGGCGUCGACACCCGACGCCGCCCGGGCUUUCUUGAAGACCCUGGACAUCAACUUCUCCAACAGGCCGCCGAACGCGGGCGCGACCCACCUGGCCUACGGCGCGCAGGACAUGGUGUUCGCCGGCUACGGCCCGCGGUGGAAGUUGCUCAGGAAGCUGAGCAAUCUGCACAUGCUCGGAGGGAAGGCCCUCGAGGACUGGGCUCGGGUCCGGUCAGCCGAGCUAGGGUACAUGGUCCAGGCCAUGUGCGAGUGCAGCAAGCGAGGCGAGCCGGUGGUGGUGCCGGAGAUGCUGACCUACGCUAUGGCGAACAUGAUCGGGCAAGUCAUUUUGAGCCGGAGGGUGUUCGUGACCAAGGGCUCCGAGUCUAACGAAUUCAAGGACAUGGUGGUGGAGCUGAUGACGAGCGCAGGGUUCUUCAACAUCGGCGACUUCAUCCCGUCGAUCGCGUGGAUGGACUUGCAAGGGAUCGAAGGCGGAAUGAAGCGCUUGCACAAGAAAUUCGACGUGCUGUUGACGAAGAUGAUCGAGCAACACUCCGCAACCGCUCAUGAGCGUAGAGGAAACCCGGAUUUCCUCGACGUCGUCAUGGCGAACCGAGAUAACCCCGGGGCCGAGAAGCUUAGCUUGACCAACAUUAAGGCUCUUCUCUUGAAUUUGUUCACCGCAGGCACCGACACUUCAUCGAGCAUAAUCGAAUGGUCGCUGGCCGAGAUGCUGAAGAACCCCAGCAUCCUCAAGCGGGCCCACGAGGAGAUGGACCGGGUCAUCGGGCGGAAUCGCCGCCUCGUGGAAUCCGACAUCCCGAAGCUCCCGUACCUGCAAGCCAUAUGCAAGGAGUCCUACCGGAAACACCCGUCCACACCGCUGAACCUCCCGAGGAUCUCGACCGAGGCGUGCCGGGUGAACGGGUACUACAUCCCCAAGAACACGAGGCUCAGCGUGAACAUAUGGGCGAUCGGGCGGGACCCGGACACGUGGGAGAACCCGCUGAGCUUCACCCCGGAGCGGUUCCUGAGCGGGCGGCACGCGAAGAUCGACCCGCGCGGGAACGACUUCGAGCUGAUCCCGUUCGGGGCCGGGCGGAGGAUCUGCGCCGGGACGAGGAUGGGGAUCGUGCUGGUGGAGUGCAUCCUGGGGACGCUGGUCCACUCCUUCGAUUGGAAGUUACCGGACGGCGUGGGGGAGCUGAACAUGGACGAGGCGUUCGGCCUGGCGCUGCAGAAGGCCGUGCCCCUGUCGGCCAUCGUCACCCCAAGGCUCUCUCCUAGCGCAUACGCAUCUUAAUUAAAAAAAAAAAAAAAGGAGUUAGA